AUCGAACGUAUCACGAAAUUAUGUUUUGACGUAUUCGAUCGGGAUAUAUAAAAACAAAAAUGUGAAUUAUAAAUUUAGGAAUAUAUACGUAGAAAUUCCAAUAAAAAAUAAAUCACCUAUCUCUCUCUCUCUCUUUUUAUAUAACUAUUUUUUUCCCUCACAUCUUUUCUAUAUCUUGCAUUCUCCAAACUCUACAUUUUCAGUUUCUCUGUAAAUUUAUCUAAUAUUCUUCUAUUUUCCAGUAGUUAUGGAUAAUACCAACCGUCUUCGUCUUCGUCGCGGUCCCAGUCUUAGGCAAACUAAGUUCACUCGAUCCCGAUAUGACUCUGAAGAAGUGAGUAGCAUCGAAUGGGAGUUUAUCAGUAUGACCGAACAAGAAGAAGAUCUCAUCUCUCGAAUGUACAGACUUGUCGGUAAUAGGUGGGAUUUAAUAGCAGGAAGAGUCGUAGGAAGAAAGGCAAAUGAGAUUGAGAGAUACUGGAUUAUGAGAAACUCUGACUAUUUUUCUCACAAACGACGACGUCUUAAUAAUUCUCCCUUUUUUUCUACUUCUCCUCUUAAUCUCCAAGAAAAUCUAAAAUUGUAAAGAAAUCAAAAUAAAAGCUUUCAAUCAUAAAAGUAGAACAAAUCUUGAAUGUCUUCUCAUCAUAUAAAUGGUUCAGAAAUUGUUGAAUCU